GCCGGACUCUUUUGAGUCCGCUUCUCACUCCCCCCCUCUUCUUCACCUCCGUUUUCUGACACCUACACUUGCUGAGUUACGUUUUCUUUCCCCACCAUAAUUUAAUAUCGCUCUCUACUUGUUGUCCUCACUUCCGCUCAUCUCGCUGUUUCCAAAACAUUUCACUGCCUUGAACACGAAGCAGGAUGACCUCACGUAUCGAGAAAACCAUUGCUCGGCAACGAGAAAAGAUAGCCUCCGGUGCUUACUACGAGGCUCAUCAGCAACUGAGGGUCAUCGCUGCGCGGUAUAUCAAACAAGCGAAUUACGAUGCGGCCGCGGAGUUACUGGCAGGGGGUGCGACUGCACUUUUAAGGGCUGGGUCUCAGCAAGGCGCUUCUGCCAGUGGCGGGGACUUGGCUAUUAUGCUUGUCGUCGAGGUGUACACGAAGGCGGGGUGGGAGAUUACUGCAAGUGAUGAUGAUACGGAAGGCCGUGCUCGAAAGAAGCGCCUUAUCGAGCUCCUUCAUGAAUUCCCAUCCGAGGAACCAACUCGCAAAAGGUUCAUACAGGAGAUGAUUGGCUGGAGUGGACGGUUUGGGCCUCUAGAGAGAGGCGACCCCGAUUUACAUCAUGCAGCUGGAUCGGUGUAUGCCGAAGACCACGAACCCUACGACGCUGAAAAGCAUCUGAUCCUCGGAACCUCAGAAUCAGCUGAAACCCUGGCAAAAUUAGAGCAUGAGUGGUACACAAAUGACGAACCGCACACGGCAGCGAUUUACGCAUCCCGCGCAGUUUUCCCGUACCUCCUGACCGGAAAUCUGCGCAGUGCUAAUAAAGCAUUCCUCAUCUUCACGUCCCGACUUUCGUCUUCUACUCCUUCCCCCCUUUCACAGGAUGUCAGCAGCUCUAGUACUGAUGUGCGAGUCUUUCCCGCAUUGCCUUUGCUGAAUUUCAUCAGCAUGCUUCUCCUCACGAUUCAACGCGGCAGCGCGGACCUUUUCAAACAGUUAACAUCUCAUUAUGCAUCGCAAAUCCAAGAGGUCGGCAUGUGGGAUGAUUUCUUGGCUCAGAUUGGUGAGCAGUAUUUCAGUAUUAAGAUCCCAAGACAGGGAAACCCUUUGCUGGAUAUGAUGGGUAGCAUGCUGUUCGGAGGGGGGCAGGGCAGUACAGGUGGAAGGAUGCCGCAAAGCCGAGGCUCAUCCAAGAAAGUCGAAGCGCCACCGGCAAAUCCGGAGCUCGACUAGUUUAAUAGAAGGCAGUACCCGCGGUGUAUACAGAUCGGACAUAGUCUGCACAGCUUUGUCAUGGAGGUAUUUAUGCAUCAUGUAAGUGACAUCGACUAAAAUA